UUCAAAAUUCAACUUGCCCUUUACGGCAGCCUUCUAUUUGCUAUGACAAGAGAAACCUUCUGCUAACCUUGCCGGCCUCUGUUUACGCGUAAAACCCUAAUUUCUUCUCCCUUUUCCCUUCCCAUUAUUGCAUACUCGAGCGUUUUUUUGCUAUACCAAACGAAACGCUUCGAAAACCUACCAAUUUUUUUCUGCUAAAAAGGGGAAUAAUUCUUCACGCGAUUCUUCUACAAUAAAUAUUUAUCAGCAAAGCAAUGGAAGUGAAUGGAAAGGAUGAUUUGAGGUCACCACUUUUGAAACAUCAAAAUGGUUCUGUUGUCACCAUUGCGCCCCCAAAUAAUGGCGGAAACAAGAAGAUUAGGACCCUUUCCUUCAAAGUUGGGGGCAUAACAUGCGCAUCUUGUGUUGCUUCCAUAGAAUCUGCACUUGGGAAGUUGGAAGGUGUCCAGAGUGUUAUGGUCUCGGCGCUUCAAGGCCAGGCUGUAGUGAAGUACCUACCACAACUCAUAAGCGCAAAAACUAUAAAAGAAGCAGUGGAAGACACAGGUUUUGAAGUUGAGGAGUUUCCGGAGCAAGAAAUUGCAAUAUGCCGGCUCAGAAUUAAAGGUAUGGCAUGCACAAGCUGUUCUGAGUCAACAGAACGUGCCCUUUUAAUGGUUGAUGGAGUGAAGAAUGCGGUUGUUGGUUUAGCUCUUGGAGAAGCUAAAGUCCAUUUUGAUCCGAGUGUUACUGAUACCAACCGUAUAAUUGAAGCCGUAGAAGAUGCUGGCUUUGGAGCUGAUCUCAUAAGCUCUGGAAGUGAUGUGAAUAAAAUGUUGGAUAUCCUGUGGUUGUUACCAACUGCUGCUCAGUAA